AUGCCGGCCCUUCUAGCUAGCCAGAACAAUGAUGUGGCAGAGUUAUUAGGAUUCCUUCGAGAAUCUCGUCAAGUUCACCUUCCCGCAACCUUGGAAUUGUCGAGGACUCCACGUCCAAACAUUUUGCUGCAGAUUCGCGAGCUAGCAACUUCUCUUGACCAGCAUGGGCAACCCAGGGAAGCGGAGGCUUUCCGCGAUCUCGUGAAGCACUGUCUCAACUCGACAGACUUUGGAGGUCUGGGUCUAGAUCUUGAUCAGCCCCUAAGCCGAGACGAAACGGCAGAGGUUAUCUUCUUCGCGUCGGCCUACCUAGAGGCAUUGAACUCGGCCGAUCGUUCCAGAGAGCCUGCAACCCCAUUGCCGCGUCGCCCUACUGGCCGCAGGGGAAUGACCCUGGCUGAGAAGAUAUUUGCGGCUCAUGACGUAGAGAGGAAUGGGGAAGUUAGGCCUGGAGACGUUAUCCGUGUAGACAUCGACUGGGUCAUUGCCUCUGAGCUGUCAUGGGCCGGGAUGGCGUCAACCUACGACGACUUUGGGAAGCCAGGUGUCUUUCGAAAUGACCGAAUCUGGCUAGCAGGAGAUCACGUCGUUGAGCCCAGAACUAUGGAUCACCCCAAGAUCAAACCGCUUGUGGAGGCAAGUGAAAAGGCCCGGAAAGUGUUCAAGAUGACCGAGUACCAAGGAAUGAACUACACAAUCAUGCAUACUGAGUUCUGCCGCGAGCGGGCGCAGCCGGGCAUGCUCAUCAUCGGCUCUGAUUCGCACACAUGCUCCGCCGGCUCCGUGUCCGCGCUGGCGAUCGGCUUGGGAGUAACCGAUGUGACCAUGCCGCUGGUGCUUGGGCAAACUUGGUUUAAGAUCCCCGAGACGGUCGAGAUCCGAUUCGUUAAUCAGCCGAAGCCAGGCUUAGGGGGCAAGGAUGUGAUCUUGUACGUUCUCAAGGAGCUGAAGCGCAACACUGUGGCAGCAGACCGUGUGGUCGAGUACACAGGACCUGGAGUUAAAUACCUAUCAUGCGAUGCACGCUUUGCCAUAGCCAACAUGACUACGGAAUUCGGAGGUGUAUCUGGCAUAUUCGUACCUGACGCGACCACAGCGGACUUUAUCGAUCGCAGAAAGCACCCAAAGUACAGGAAACACGCAACGUACUAUGAGCCUGACGAGGAUGCCGAGUACGCUGAAACUCAUAUUAUAGACCUUGACAAGGUGGAGUCCUUUGUUGCCCGUUACCCUAGUCCUGACGAUGUCGUACCGGUUGCCGAUGUGGCCGGUACCAAGCUGGACGGGUGCUUCAUUGGUGCCUGUACGACGGCAGAGGAGGAUCUCAUCCUUGCUGCUUUGGUUUUGAAGGCUGGUUUGGAGAUGGGACUGAGACCUGUUUCCCACGGGAAGCGCAAAGUGAGCCCCGGGUCGCGACCAAUUCUAUAUAACCUAAAGGCAAGGGGGCUACUGCAGAUAUACGAGGAAGCCGGCUUCGAGAUUGGUGUUCCAGGAUGCAGCUACUGUGUCGGGAUGGGCGCAGACAAGGCUGGCAAGGGCGAGGUCUGGCUUAGCAGCCAGAACCGCAAUUUCGAGAACCGCAUGGGUCCUGGCGCUAUUGGCAGUGUAACGUCUGCCGUGACGGUGGCCGCAAGUAGUUUCUCCAUGGAGACAACUGAUCCUAGAGGAUUACUUGACAUAGUAGAUUUGAAAGAGCUCAAGCAGCUACUAGGGACCAAGACAGCUCCUUCUCAGAGCAUCGCAUAUGUCCACCCUGCUUCCGAGCCUAAAACGAAUAAAGUACAGGACGUUGAAGCUUCCAUGUCUCCCACGUUACAAAAAUCCAACGCGGAUCUAGGGCGUGCUCAUUCUACCAUCAUUAGCGGCAAGGUACACAGGCUCGAAGAUUUUAUUGACACCGAUGCACUCGCCCCUGCGGAAGUACUCGGGCCCGAAGUGACCAGGGAGGCGCUGGGAAACGCUUGCCUGAAAUACACGCACCCCGGAUUCGCAGAGCGUGUCAAGGAAGGUCGCAAUAUCGUUGUCGCCGGUAAGGCAUUUGGCGUCGGAAGCUCGAGGGAGAAUGCAGUGGCCGCGUUGCAAGCAGCGGGCGUCCAAGCCGUGAUUGCAAAGUCAUUUGCAUUCAUCUAUGGCCGGAACCAACCAAAUCUUGGCAUGCUCGGCUUCGUCAUUACGAAUGAACGAUUCUAUGAACUCGCUCAAGAUGGCGAACAGAUAGGGAUUGACGUGGAGCGCCGCAAAGUCCUCGUCGCUGGCCAAGAAUUUGUAUUUCAGUUGAGUGACUUGGAGUGGCAACUUGUUAAGAUAGGUGGCAUGACCAGCGCAUUCCGCCUGUGGGGGAAGAAUGUGUUGGAGACAAUGACCAGUCAGAAGACGGCAGUUCAUGCUGUCUCAGGGGUGCUAGAACGGGACACAUCCUCUGAGGCAAUGCAGUGGUAG